ACCCCAAGUAUUCGCACGUGUGUGUGUGUGUGUACGUCUCCCUCUGAGAAAUACCCGACAGAAUGAAAUUUAACAAGCAGAGAAAUGCCACCAACAAGCCCAAUGCUGUAGGACUUGCUAAAACUCUUAUGCAUCGGAAGGAACGCCGUAAACAGAAGCGUCUGCAAGCUAAGCAGAAAAAAUCCCUAUUCUCGAGGAGAUUUCGUCGCGGGAAAGGUAGAUUUACCAGUGAGGAUGGACCUAAUGGGAAAAACAGUCCUAAUGCCAAAGGAAUUAAACAAUUACAAGCAUAUGCACAGGCAGAGAAAGAGAAGAUGGGAAUGUUCAAAGACAAAGGUGGUAACGGCAAGAAAGGAAAAGGUAAAUUUCAAGGGAAGGGAAAGGGUGGCAAACAAAAUAUGCAGAAUGGCAGUAAGAAAAUGCAAGAUAAUGAAUCAGAAGAGGAGGAAGAAGAAGAACAGGGUUUCAAGAUGUCCUCCUCGGUGAGCGAUCGCAUGGCCAGAUUGCAGGAGUAUGUCAAUCAAGAGGCUAGGAAGAUGGGGACAUUUAGUGAAGAGGAAGGAGGAAAAAAGAAGAAAAAUAAAAACCAGGCUGGGCCAAGCGAAGAGGCAGAGACAGACAAAAAUACCAGUAAUAUCAAAGACAAGACAAAGUUGAAGAAAUUACAACAGGAAAUUGAAGCAGACAACAAGGAGAUCAAGAAGUUAUCAACCCUCUUAAAUCUGAAUGCAAAGUCUCGCAAGAAAAUGGUGCCCCUCCUCGGAGAUGACUUUGGAAGCCUGAUUGAAGAUAUUGAAGGAGGCCACAUGCAACACCUGAAUAAGUACAAGCAUGCAGAUGUUGAAGCAAGUGACAGUGAAGACGAUUUGGAGAAAGAUAUGGCCAUGGCACUAGGGCAGACAAACGUAAAGAAAAAGAAAAGUGAGGUUGAAGAGUCUCUGGAGGACAGAGAUGAGGGAGGUUCAUUUGAUGAUGCUUUUGAUGCAUUUGAAAAUGGAGAGGAUGAUGGUGAUGAAAUGGAAGAAUAUGAGGGGUUGGGUAGUGAUGAGUUUGAUACUUUUGAAAAUGGCAUAGAUGUGGAGAGUGAGGAAGACAGUGAAUUAGAAUAUGGAUAUGGUGAGGAGAGAAGCAGGCCUACAAAGUUCAAAAAGAAGAGGAAAGAGAUUAAAAAUGUAGACGAGAGUGAGGAUGAGAUGGGUUAUGGAGAUGAAAGUGAAGGCAGUCAUGAUGAGGAAGGAGAUCUAUAUGACAUAGAAAAUGGAGAGGAUAAUAGACAUGCAAAUGGAGGAGGCGAUAGUGAAGAUGGGAUGUUUUCUGCAGAAGGUGAAUGGUAUACAGAUGAUGAAGAGGAGGCAGAUGAACAACCUAAGAUAGAUUAUGGCAGGAUAUCAAGAGAAAGGGAAGAGGAUUUUGAUGGUGAAGAAGUUGUAAAUGAGGAGGAAGAGGUAGAGGAAGAGGAAGAAAAUGAUGGCUUUUUGGAUACAGAAGCAAUGGAAUGUAGUGAUGAAGAGAGCGAAGAUGAUGGUCGGGAGCUUGUACAUGACAUCAGGAAUGAGGAAGAUUUUGCCUUUGAGGGAGGCUCUGGCUACUACAGCAAGCCAGAAAUCCUAAAGAAUGGACAGGAAAAUGAGAUUGACAGAUAUUCAAGUAACAGCGAGGAUGACACAGACCUUGAAGACUUUGUUGUGGAUGAUGAGGAAGUUGAAUUUGAAGAUGUUGAUGAUGAACUGCCAGUAGAGGAAUUUGAUGACUCUGAUGAUCCUGCAGGUGAUGGCCUAUCUCCAGUAAAGAAGAGGAAGAAGAAGAGGUUGGUUGUCAUGAGUGAUGGGGAAAGUGAAGAUGAGAAUGAAGAAAAGGGUGAUAAAGGUGAUAAAGAUAGUGAUGAAGACAAAGAUAUGGUCGAUGAUGUACCUCUAAAUGCAAAAUCGAAGUUAAAGUUAAGUAGCAAGUCACCUAGGUUAAUUAUUAGUGAUGAGGAGGAUGAAGAAUCUGAUAAAGACAGUGAUAAUGAGAGUGAUGAUAGUAGUAAUGAAACAACUGAUAAGGAAAUGAAAUUAGUAACCAAGAAUUUAGUGCCACUGCCCACAGUUACAAGUGAGGACACUGGUGAUGAAAAAGAACAGCCAUCUCCAAAGAAAAACAAGAAGAAAAAGAAAAUCAACAUAGCAGAUAGUGAUGAUGAUGAUGAUAGUGAAAUUAAAAAUGAGUUGAGUAUUAAGAGAAAAAGGUCAGAAUUGUCUUCGGAAGGAGAAGAAGAAGAAGAAAAUGAAGAAGAUCUAGUAAAUAGCAAAAAAAUGAAAAAAGGAAGCCCUGUAGCAUCAGGCGAAAGUGAAGACUCGGAUAGCAAAGGCAAUAAAAUCAAAACCAUUUUGAAGAAACCAACAAAUAGGAAACAAAAGAAAACAGCACCAAGGGGCAACAAAGCAAAGGAAGAAGCCAGUGGGAAGAGACGUGUGUCAUUUGACCUUCCAGAGGUUACAGAUGAAGAGUCUGGUGAUGAAUCAGCUGGGAGUGCAGAAUUCAGUGCUGAUGAUGAUGAUGGUAAUGAUGGUGAAGGCAGCAUUAAUGAACAACCUUGUGAUGAGGAACUUGAUGUUGAAGACGAGUCUCCCGGUAGUGCUGAAUUUAGUGAUGACGAGAGUAAUGACGAUAAUGAUUUAACAGGUGAUAUAAGUGAUAAAGUGAAUAAUGAAAAAGCAGAGGAGGAGGAGGAGGAGGAGGAAGAGGAAGAGGAGGUGGAGGAUGGCCUGACUGAGGAUAUAUAUGGGCGCCUGAGGGACCAGGAAGGCAAUAUAGUGAAACGUGAGGAGGAGGAGAGCCAAUCCGUGGGUGGUAAGUACGUUCCUCCUGCCCUUAGGAAGCUCAUGGCAUUGAACACUGAUGAGAAGAAGAAGGAGCAACUGGCAGGGAUGAAGAAGACUCUCAAGGGCCUGCUUAACCGACUGGCAGAAAGUAACCUCGGUGGUAUUGCCAACCAAAUUGAGGGCAUGUACUCCAAGUUCAGCCGUAAUGACAUGAGUGAAGUCUUCACCAGCCUGCUACUGGAAUCUCUUGUGGGGCCUACGCUCACCCCAGAGAGACUGGUCCAGGAGCAUGCCAUGCUGGUGGCUGUACUCUCUGCCAAUAUUGGGGAGGAGGUUGGUGCGCAUAUCCUGAAUGAGUUUGUCUUGAAAUGGAGCGAUCAGUCAGAAGAUUUAGACUCCGAGAAAGGGCUCGAAUCCAAGGAGCUUGACAACUUGCUCCAGUUCAUUGCCAACCUGUACAACUUUAGGGUGAUGGAUGCAACUCUUGUCUACGGCAUCUUAGAGAAGCUGGCUGAGAAGUUUGGUGAAAAGGAGGUGGAGCUCAUCCUUCUGGUGCUGCGUGAUGUGGGCUUCACCCUUCGCAAGGAUGAUCCUCUUGCCCUCAAGUCACUCAUCACCAAGAUCCAGAGCAAAGCAGCUGAAGCAGAGGCUCAGAGUGAGGAUAGCACUUCCUUCACACGUAUCCGUUUCAUGUUGGAGGUAGUCCAGGCCAUCCGCAACAAUAACAUGGCUAAAGUGCCCAACUAUGACCCUACCCAUGUUGAACAUCUCAAGAAAGUCCUAAAGGGCUUUGUGCGUAAGGGCACUCAAAAUGCACCACUCAAGGUUACCUUGGAGGACUUACUGAAAGCUCGGGAGUGUGGCCGUUGGUGGAUUGUGGGUUCAGCCUGGUCUGGUAGCAUGAUUGAUGGAAAAACAGAAGAAAGGCAGCAGGACCUGAAUACUGCCAAGGGCUUAGAAACGGAGUUCAGUGAGAAAUUCAAAGAGCGUGCAGCCAAGCUGCAAUUGUCCCGUCCCCCUAGAAUCAACAUCCUAUACAUAGUGACAGAGGGCUCAGAGGAUUAUCUGGAUGCCUUUCAGAAGCUCAGUCAGCUCAGCCUACCACCAACACAAGAGCGGGAACUGUUUAGUGUAAUAUUGCUGUGUGCACAGAAGGGGAAGGAGUACAAUGCCUUCUUUGCAUACCUGAGCAAUAGAAUGUGCAAGUUUGAUAGAAAAUACAAGAGGUUGAUCCAGUUUGCACUCUGGGAUAAGUUCAAAGAAUUGGAAGACCUCAAGCAGAGAGAGAUUGCCAACCUGGCCAAGUUCCUGUCCCAUCUAAUUGGUGAGGAUGCAGUUAACUUGUCAAUUCUGAAGACAAUCUCGUUUAUGGAGGUGGAGGGCCAGACAGUAAGCUUCUUAAGACAGCUCCUUAUUUCUCUCCUACUCCACCCAGCUGGAGCUGACACUGUUGAUAAAAUUUUCUCUCAGCUAUCCCUCUCUCCCAAGCUGCGUCUUCUCCGCCAGAGCCUCCGGAUAUUCAUUUUCAAGUUCCUCAGCUCCAAGAAGCAAUCAGAUGAUCCCAACCAUCAGCUCCUCUCGCGCAGGAUAGAGAUGGCCACAGAGAUCCUCAAUAAAGGUGGAGGAGCAUUGUUAUAAGGACUGGACUCAGGUGAAUGAGUUCGUUCUGUCUGAAAGGUGUAGAUUGGUGUUCAUGCUGUGAGUUAUGAUAGGAGUAAUGCAGUUGUUUCCGGUGUUUUUGACCCCUUUGUUGGAUUGUAUGUAACUUUUUUAUUUAUUUUUAUUUGUUUUGUUUUUUACAGGUAUUUAUUAGGUGAGGUGAAUUCUGUAAGUAAUUGUAAUGUUACCCUAAUAUGUAUGGUGUUUUAGUAUGGAGUUCAUAUCUUUAUUUUUAUUUUUUAACAAAAAUAUAUUAGAAGAAAAUCAGAUUUCAAUAAAAUUGUGAUUCCAUCUCAAUAGACAUGUGUUGUUCUGUUCAGUCUAUCCUAAAAUGGAAGGUAAAUAUUAUAACAAUUGAUGAAUAAAGUUUUAAAUUCAUCAUUAAAAAAUUGAAUGUAUAGAUAAACAAAUUUAUUUUUAGAAUUCUGAUAAUAGUUUACUUUAGAGAAACUGUAUUCUAAAGGGAACCCAAGAUAAAUAUUGUUUUUUCUUAGAGGUAGAGGAAUUGUUAGACAAAUUGAAUUCUGUAUAAUGGAGGGUAAGUAGUGUUAGGUGCUUAUUUUUUAUUUCAUUAUUGUCCUCUAUACCUUUUGUACAGCUGUAAAAAAUGGUGGAUAUGUAUGAAAGAAAGUUGAGUGAGGCUGCAGUUUUGAAAGACUUUUAUAUUUUAUAAAAAAAAAAAUGAUGACAUAAAUGAAUGAAAAAAAUAUAAAAUAAUAUGAUAUUCCAGUUAGUACUAAGAUAAACAGUCAUUUUAUUUAAGGUGACUAAAUUCUUGUCUCAGAGCACUGAUAUAUUUGUAUAUAAUGUAACUAUGUACUCAAAUUAUAGCCCUCCAUAUCUGUAUUCAUGGAAUUCUUAUGAUAUACAUUCAUAAAUUUCA